CACGGUGGACAAAAAGGAUAUGCAGAAAAAGAGGAAAAGAAGAAGAAGAUCUAGAUGCCUGAAAACUUCUGUGGAGAUGAAUGGGCUUGUUUAAUUCUGCAGUCAGGAAAAUGAGUAUUAGUUUGGCUACACAGUACGUGAAGGAGGCAUAUAUUGCACAGCUCGCAGUGAAAAGAGCAGCGCUUUUGACACGCAAAGUGAGCGAGGAGCACCUGAACGAACAAAGUAUUGACAAGCAGGACCACUCCCCUGUCACGGUUGGUGACUUCGGCUCACAGGCAAUCAUCAUAAACGCAAUUCUGAAAAAUUUUCCGGGUGACGAAGUUGUCGGGGAAGAAGACUCGGCUUUAAUCAAGGAGAAAAAGAUUGAGGACUUGAUUUACAGCCACGUGGAGACCAUUCAACAGGCAGAUGCUGCUCAUGACUCGAAAUUGGGUAGGCUUGAAUCCGCUGAAGGGUUAUGCAACUCAAUUGAUAAAGGUAACUCAAAAGGUGGUAAAAAGGGAAGAAUUUGGGCUUUGGACCCUAUUGACGGGACUAAGGGUUUUCUCAGAGGCGAUCAGUAUGCAGUGUGCCUAGCUCUGAUUGUCGACGGAGAGGUAAAAGUUGGUGUUAUAGGUUGCCCGAACCUUCCACACUCCCUUCGUGACCCGGGUUCUAAAAGGGGUGGUUUGUUCACCGCAAUCAAAGGAUAUGGUUCAUACUUCCAAGAUUUGAAUGAAGACAUUUCAUACCCAUUAAACACCUCCUCCAACAUUACUGUUCACAACGAAUAUGGUUUAGACCAGGCUAGAGUUCUAGAAGGUGUUGAGAAAGGUCACUCAUCACACGGGUUACAAGGCCUCAUCAAGGCCAAAUUAGGCAUCAGCCAACCUUCUGUGAACUUAGAUUCACAAGCUAAAUACUGUGCUCUUUCCAAGGGAGACGCUGAAAUCUAUUUGAGAUUACCGACAAACCCUAACUAUAGAGAAAAGAUCUGGGAUCAUGCUGCGGGGUAUCUUCUUGUGAAUGAAAGUGGCGGCAUGGUCACCGACAUUUAUGGCAAUGACUUAGAUUUUGGUUAUGGUCGUACUUUAAACAGUCAAGGUGUUAUUGCAGCCUCAAAAACAGUCCACUCUAGCAUCAUUUCCGCCAUCAAAUCCAUAAUCGGAGAAAAUGGGGAGAGUUUAAAAGAAUACUGCUGAUUCCAACACAUUUUGUAUAUUUCCAUUUAUAUUAACUAUUUCACAAUAUACCAAAUAUUUAAGUGACAAUAUACGGCACUCACUAACUUGAUCACAUUUUUGAGUGAGCAUUUGGAGAUAAAAACAAUGUUUGACUUGAGUUUAUUAAUAUUCCUAAAAUCGUCUAACACAGUUAACUAGACAUCAGAACAAAAUGUGUUUCUUUAGCAAGAAUAACAUGCUAAAAAGCAACAAUUUAUUUGACUGUCUAAACACUGAAAGACAUUAAAUUAAACAAAGGAAAGUAAGCGGAUUAU